AUGGCAGCAGACCCCGUCCCAACGGCCAAGACCCUCUCCAACAUCUACAACCCCGAAGACCUCCCCACACAAUCAAAAAGAUGGUCCACCCUCCUAUCCACCUUCCAGUCCAGAUACGGCCACACGCCAGACUUCAUCACCCGCUCCCCAGGCCGCGUCAACAUCAUCGGUGAACACAUCGACUACUCGCUCUACCCCGUACUACCCAUGGCCAUAUCAGCCGACGUCCUCAUGGCUUUCUCAUCCGCCGAGACCGACGCCACAUCACCCACUUACCAGAUUGAGAUUGCCAAUGUGGAGGAUGAGCGCUUUCCGGCCAAGGUGUUCGAGGUACCUGUUGAUGGAGAUGUAGACAUUGACGCGAGGGUUCAUGACUGGACGAAUUACUUCAAGUGCGGAUUGCGCGGGGCUUUGGAUCCGUUGAGGAAGAGGAAGAGAGAUGCGUGGAGACCUGUGAGCAUGAAGGUCUUGAUGCAUGGGACGGUGCCUGUCGGUGGGGGGCUUAGCUCGAGCGCGGCGUUCACUACGGCUAGUGCGCUGGCGGUCAUGAUUGCAAACGGCGAAGCCUCGGUGGAUAAGACGGAGCUCACGGAGCUUGCUAUAGUCAGUGAACGCGCAGUCGGCGUCAACUCGGGCGGCAUGGAUCAAACCGCCUCCGUCUUCUCAACGAAAGGCUCAGCCCUCCACGUCCAAUUCCUCCCAACUCUCCAAGCAACCCCCAUAAUCUUCCCCACAACCGUCCCCCAACUAACCUUCCUCAUCGCCCAAUCCUACGUCACAUCCGAGAAGCACAUCACAGGCCCAAUCCACUACAACCUCCGCGUAGCAGAAUGUUCCCUCGCAGCCGCCUACCUCCAUGCCGCCGUCUCAAAAAACAGUAACCAUCCCCCCAUCCUCCCCGCGGACGUCUCCCCCCUGGGAAUCUCCCUCGCCUCCUUCGGCGCUAGCUACGCCAAUAAUGACCUCAACGCCCUCAUCCACCUCGCAGAAGAAACCCUCACAAACGAACAAGGCUACACCCGCGAAGAAAUCGCCCAAACCCUCAACAUCUCCGUCGCAGACCUCGACGCCCGCUUCACGAGCAAAUUCCCCGUCCGCGCCACCCACUUCAUGCUCCGCCAACGCGCGCUGCACGUCUUUUCCGAAGCCCGUCGCGUGCGCCGCUUCGUCGACCUCCUUCGGGACGCCGUCCCCGAUGACGACGGCACGACUACUCAGCUCAACGAGAAGCUCGGCGCGCUUUUGAACGAGACGCAGGAUUCGUGCCGGGACCUCUACGAGUGCAGCUGUCCUGAGAUUGACCUCAUUUGUGAGGUUGCUCGGCGCGCGGGCGCGUAUGGGAGUAGGCUCACGGGCGCUGGGUGGGGUGGGUGUACCGUUCAUCUUGUGCCGGCGGAUAAAGUGGAGGACGUCAAGGAGGCAUUGAUGAGGGAGUACUAUAGGAAGAGGGACGGGGGCGAGGUUGGUGACGAUGCCAUGGUGGUUAGCAAGCCUGGUGGCGGAAGCUGUUUCGUAAGGCUCUCCGAUUUUGAAGCCUUGUAA